AUGGGUUCUGUCUUGGUGUUGAGUGAUUUCAAGGUUGCUAUGCAGAGCUCGAGUGAUUCAUCUAGUCAUAAUAUGGUGGCUGCCACUGAAGUGGAAUAUGAUAAUAAUCCACUUAACUUUGAUGAUACAAAGUUCAGUACAGAGUCUGAUACAUCUAAUGUGCCUAUGGUGGGAAUGUUGUUUAAUUCUCCAAAUGACAUUUUUGAGUUUUACAAGGCCUAUGGACAAGUCAAAGGUUUUUAUAUUAAGAGGAGAUAUAUAUCAAAGGACAGUGAUGGAAAACACAGAUAUUUGGUAUAUACUUGCGACGUUCUGACAAAUAUAGUAGUUGAUCAAAGACUCUCAUUAAUCGUCAUGCGGCAGUUGGAGAUCAAUGAUAUUGCGGGAAUUAGGCCAAACAAGUGUCACAAUGCUUUUGUCAUUGGAGCUGGUGGACAUGAUAACUUAACUUUUUUGGAGAGAGAUGCUCGUAAUCAUAUUUCCAAGGUAAGGCGUAUGAGACUUGGUGUUGGUGAUGUUGAUGCGGUGCAAAAUUAUUUUUUAAAAAUGCAAGCUAAUAAUCAGGGGUUUUCUUGGUUGAUUGAAUGGGAUGAUAAAGGUCGUUUGAUGAAUGUUUUUUGGGCUGAUCCAAGAAGUAGGGCAGCAUAUGAAGAAUUCAGUGAUGUUGUUACGUUUGAUACUACUUAUCUCACGAACAAGUACAGUAUGCCAUUUGCUCCUUUUGUUGGGGUCAAUCACCACGGGCAUUCUAUCCUACUAGGUUGUGGUUUAAUUUCUAGUGAAGAUACAAAAACUUUUGUAUGGUUGUUUAAGACAUGGCUUGCUUGUAUGGGUGGUGUGGCUCCUCAAGGUUCUCACAGAGAUUACAACGACAUAAAGAAAUUGUUGGCAAAAGCCGUUUAUGAUUCUCAAAGUGUAGAUGAGUUCGAAGGUUGUUGGAGAAUGAUGAUUAAUGUCUACCACCUUGAAGAGAAUACAUGGUUGGCUUCUUUGUAUUUUGAUAAGGAGAUGUGGUUUGUUGAGCAGUAUGAGAAUGCAUUAUAUAAGAAAGUGGAGAAGGAGAGACAAGUUGAUUUCGAAUCUUUUAACAAGCAACUGUCAUGUUCCAUCUUUUAUGAUAUGGAAAAGCAAAUGCGUGAUUUGUACACAGCAUAA